AUGCUUUUCUAUAUAUUUCAGGAUAAACCUUCGUUCUUUCACAUUCUCUCUCUCUCUCUCUCUCUCUCUCUCUCUCUCUCUCUCUCUCUCUCUGUGUUUACCCAAAUCUCACACUAUUUGCCUCUCUGUGUGUCUCACUCUUUCUGUCUCUGUUUCUCUCUUUUUUCUGUUUCUGUAUUUCUCUAUCUCCCUGAUUUUUUGGAUCUGAACCUCACCCUUUCCAUCUUUCUGUGUCUCUCUCCCUUUCUCUUUCUCCGUCCAUCUCUCUCUGUCCUUCUUUCUCCCUCUCGCUCCGUGUUUGUCUGUCUGUCCGUCACGCUGGCUCUGUUUCUGUCUCUCUGUCAGCUCGCUUUGUGUCUGUCCUUGUCGAUUUGCCUUUCUGUCUGUUUUGCUUACUCGAUCUGUCUUUCUGUCACACUCGCUCACUCUGUCUUUUUAUCUGUCACGCUCACUCUGUCUUUCUGUCUCGUUCUCUCUGUCUCGCUCGCUCGCUUUGCCUGUCUUUCUGUCCCGCUCGCUCACUCUGGUAGUCUGUCACGAUCGCUCUGUUUGUCUUUCUGUCACGCUCGAUCUGUCUGUUUCUCUCUCUCUCUCUCUCUCUCUCUCUCUCUCUCUCUCUCUCUCUCUCUCUCUCGUUCGCUCAUUCGCUCUGUCUGUUCUCUCUCUCUCUCUCUCUCUCUCUCCCUUGUUCUCUCAUUCGCUCUGUCUGCUUUCUUCUUAGUUGUUUUAUUUAUUUAUUUAUUUUGUUCGUUUGUUCAUUCGCUUUUCUAUUUUUAUUUCCUGUCUGCUUAUUUUUUUCCUAUUUCUUGUCUGUUUCUAACUUUUUUUUUUCUAUUUUUAAACUGUUUGAUUUUCUUUUUCCUCUCUGUAUUCCUACAGUUACUGUGUUCGUUCCUCUUUCCCGAUGGUUUGCUUUGCUGUUUCCUGUCUGCCUUCCUAUUUCCUUUUGAAAAAGAAAACAAUCUCUCUCUCUCUCUCUCUCUCUCUCUCUCUCUCUCUUUCUUUCUUUCUUUCUUUCUCUCACUCUAA